AUUCAUGUAAAUUAUGAAAAAUAUUGAUAAAGUAAUAAGAGAAAUGACAUUAGUUGGUAUAUAUCUUUAUUAAGCUAUCAAGAUGGAAAAGUUUGCGAUAGACUUGGACAAAGUUCUGGACGACUUUGAGUUGGAUGAAGAUGAACAAGUGGAGAGCUCACAGUUUGGACGUCUGCAACUGGACUACAGCAGCAGUGCUAGCAAUGACAGCUCAAUUGCAAGUGUUCCUACAGCACCAGCCACCAACAGCAGUUAUAAGAAGACCACUCCCAAUAUCCCUGGUAAUGUUUUGGGCCCUUCAGGAGGCUGGAGUCAGCCAUCAAGUUCUAGCAACAAUUUCCCCAGUAAGAAUGCAAGCACAGGCUUGUAUCCAAGGAAUGAUGGAUCAUCCAGCAGUUGUGGAAUGAUACUGGAUUUUGAUAACACAGAUGAUGUGAUGGAGGAUUUCAUGAUACCUGCUGUGCGCAGUCCCCCUGAUGGUCAGUAUGAUGACCAGAGCAGUGCUGCUGCUCACCACUCUCAGUAUGGUGGCAGUCACCAUACACACACAGGCAGCAUUCUACCCAAUUACUCAUCACCAUCGUCGUUGCAGUUCGGGGCUGCAAGUCACUUGUCUUCUCAAAAAAAUCAUCUAGGCAGUACUUACAAUCCAACUUCAGCAAAUAAUAGUUCAAUUGUUAAUUUUUCUGUUGACAAUGACAAUGUUCCAACAAAUUCCAGUUCAAGUUUGUUUCAAAAUUUCCCAUUAUCUCAGAGCCAAUCUUCAGCUGAUACAGGAAGCCUGAGGCAGGUUGCUGUCGGAGCGUCUCCUUCUGACAAUGCUGGUCAAGAUUUAGGAUCCAUCAGCACUCAUCUGAGUGCCGUCAGCACCCAUCAGAAUGCCACUAAUGCUGAUGGCUUAUCUUCGUCCAGGUCAGGUAUAAAUGGUGCUCUUCUCGGUGUUGUAGAUGAGGGGCCUUCAUUUUCUGGUACAAAUGAAAGCCAAUCUCAUUCUAUUUAUGGCAUUUCUGCUUCCCGUCGUAUCGUUGGAGAUGGGAAUGCUAGUGUCUUGGACGUCACAAACCAAGCAGGGUCUAUGCAUCGUCCUCUAGAUGUGGUGACGGGCACUCUCAGCUUACCAGGACUCUCAAGCAGACAGGAUGUGGGGCCCAGACAUCCUGACGUAAUUGAAGUAUCUCAACAUCCAGAAGAAGAUGUGGCCUGUAAUGAAGGUGCAUUUGCUGCUGCCUUUGAUCCACCUCAAGAAAUGGUGAACCAAGAUCAUCCAGAGGAAAAUGUUGCACAGAUUGAUGAUGCUCAUUGUCCUGAACCUCGAAUAUUACCAGAUCUGAUGACCAAUAACGGGGAGCUUGUUCAUCAUAGGACAGGAGAUGAUCUGCCAGAACCAGCCAUCAUUGCUGAGAACGCAGUGACUGUGCACAGUUCAGAACCUGCGUUGGUGCAGGAGAGUCAAUCCCGCCAUGGCAUCCCUGAAGUUGCCAAUGUUCAUCAGACUUAUGAAAGUGCAGUGGGUGGCAUUCCAAAUUCAUCCAAAAUUGAUGAGACUCUGAUGAAUGUUGAUCUAGUGCAUGCACCUAAUUCAGCUUGUGGCCUACGGAGCUCUGAAAAUUGUGCGUCUUCUCCUUCUGCUGCUGACAACACAAAGGUGGAGAACUCGGAAAGCACCAAAAUGGAUCAGACACUUGCUGGAAACUCUGCACCACUUGUGCCUUUAGCUUUUAAUCCUAGUGCUAAUGUAAGUGAGAUUGAGUUGCAGGCUGAACUUUCUGAGCUUGAAGAAGAACAAGCCAUGUUGCAGGGGGCCUAUGGGGUGAAUUCAAGUCUAAAUGAAAAUCCAGGAAAAUGUGAUCCCUCUCCUGAAAUCCAAAAAGUAGAUAGUUAUUCUGAUGGAGUCCUAAGACAUGGACCAGAUAUCAUAGGUGAGACAGUGGACUUUAACGAAGAUGAUAAUGCAGUCCACAACGACCUUGUAGCAGUCCAUGAAGCCGACAACCUUGUACUUGACAGCUCACAAGAAGCAGAAUCAGCUGUAGAUGUACAAGAAAAUAUGGUGUCGCAUAAUUUAGAUCAGUCAGUAUUUGACUUGGAACAGCGUUCUCUUGAGCCCAGGCAUCGCAUGGAGUCUAUUCCUAGCAUUGACUCUGAAGUUGGUCGUAAACAUACAAGCUGCGAUCUCCCACCUGCCGGCAAUUUGCUGGAAGAAUCUUGCAGUCUCCCAGAGAACUGCAGUGAAAAUUCUGCCGCUGCUGAACCCUGUGGGCUAGACUCCAGCCCAUCAAGUGAGAACACUGCAGAAAAUCUGCCAGUUCACAAUGAGGAUUGUGACGUCGGAGGUGCGGCCGUGCCACAUGGAUAUCUUGAGAGACAAAUUCUGCCCUCGGCUAACGACCCAAGCCAACCUGACGAAGAUGCGCCUGGUGAGGGCGAUCAUUCUGCUUCCUCCUCUCCCAUACGCCACACUCCAGGCACGCUCGUGACGGCCGUGUACGAUGACGUACAGUCUGGCAGGAGGAGGGCGCGCGAGCCUGUGUCUGAGAGCGUGAACGUGGUGGGAAGCGUGGCGCCGUUCUGGGUGCCAGACGACGACGCGUGCGCGUGUCAGGAGUGUGGGCGCGUGUUCACGUUGGUGCGGCGACGACAUCACUGCCGUGCUUGUGGUCGUGUGCUGUGUGCUGCCUGCUGCAGGGACAAGGCACAGCUUGCCUACAUGGACUACAGGGAGGCUAGGGUCUGCCAUACAUGCAAGACCCUUAUGACCAGCACAGAGGAGCCUGAUUCGAGUGGGACGGAGUCUGGGGGAGCGGCGUCGUCCCCCACGGGUGCCCCACACUCCCCCGACCCCAACAACCCCAUGGAGUAUUGCUCGCGCAUCCCUCCCCCCCAGCAGGCGGGGGCUGCUGGAGAGAACCCCACCGUCAUGGUGCCUGUAGGGGUUCUCAAGAGGGAGGACAGCAGCAGCACAGGCCGGUCCCGAACCUCGGUCCCCAGCAAGCAGGUGAUCUUCAGUGACGGCAUCCGGCCCGGCGGGGAUCUCAGCGAGCUGGACCGCGGGACCGGCCCUGGGUCCCCUCAACACCCCCCGCCCCCUCACCGCACCCGUACCGGACGUGUCGCCAGGAUGAUGCCCGGUACCGGGGGCGGGCGCGUUAAGGGGGACGUGUGUCUGCUGCCCCCUGAUGGGGGGCUGCCCCCCGUUCUCCUGCAGAGGGGUAAAGGCCAGAGACAAGAGUACAUGUCCAGUGAGCAGUCUCCCGGGAUGGAGAUAAUGUCCGCGAGCUCCGGGGAGUAUCCCUGGGUGCAGGAGGAGGCCGGUGGGAUGUAUACAUUGAUGAUACAGAGAGGUGAGCCGUUAAGAGGAGUGGAGAUUGCCAUAGCCUCCAUGGAGGUGUCGCCGCGUAGGAGGCGAGGCAACCUGGUAAGCGAGCUUGGCCACACCAUUUUGACGGAACCCGAUGGCUUCCUGGGGAGUCGCGACCACGGGGGCUUCCUCUACGUGCGCCCCACCUUCCAGUGCCUGCAUAACCUGCCUCUCCCCCAGCCUCCCUUCCUCUUCGCCCUCCUCAUACACAAGUGGGAGGCACCGUGGGCAAAGGUAUUCCCACUGCGCCUGCUGCUCCGCCUGGGCGCAGAGUUCCGCUACUACCCCUGCCCGCUGGUGUCUACACGCAACAGGAAGCCUGUCUUCUCGGAGAUAGGCCACACCAUCAUGAACCUGCUAGUGGAUUUCAGGAACUACACGUACACCAUCCCUGGCAUACAAGGCCUCGUUGUGCACAUGGAGGAUAAGAAGACAACCCUCCACAUCCCUCGCAACCGCUACCCUCAGAUCAGCAAAGCCCUGAGCAACAGCAACGACCACGUGCUGGCGCUGGCCGCCAACUUCAGCCCUGACGCAGACUCUCACCUGGUGACCAUCGAGAAUGAUGAUGGUCAAUACUCUACGCAGGCCAUCAACAUCCACAACAGGCCUAGGAAAGUGACAGGCGCCAGUUUCGUUGUCUUCAACGGAGCCUUGAAGAGCAACAGCGGCCUCACUGCCAAGUCCUCUAUAGUCGAGGACGGACUCAUGGUGCAGAUCACGGCUGACGUGAUGACGGCGCUGCGUGAGGCGCUACGAGCCAUGAAGGACUUCAGCAUCUCGUGCGGCGUCACCGGGGAGCAGCCGCAGGAGCAGGUGCUGCUGCACUGGACACACGACGACAACAACUGCAAUGUCGGAGUGAAGAGUCCCAUCGACGGACGUGCGAUGGACGGCGUUCCGUCCGUCAAAGUGCACUCCGGGACGGAUUAUGUGUCCAGCGACUUCCUCAUCCGCUGGACUGAGGUCUUCAUAAUUCAGGGGGAGAGCUCGUCCUGCGGAGCUGGAGAUGUAAACCUCAGCCGCAUUUGGGAAGGCUUGGCUCGUGGCUUCUGCGUGGCGCUCACUCCCCACCUGGCGGGGCUGCAUGCUCAACUCAACACUCACCUCGCCCUCAGGGCGUCCAUACACCAUCAGGACGUGGGAUACGAGGCCGGCAGUGGGGGUUGCCGGCUGUCCGCGUCCUGCCUUAAGAGUCUGGACGCCGAGCUCGUCCCUGUCAUCCAUCGCGCCGCUGCCUCCGUCACCCACGACCCCAUCGUCCUAGAGCUUUUCUUCCAUGUGCUGCAGCAGUGAAGAGGUCGUCCAUGUGCUGCAGCAGUGAAGAGGUCGUCCAUGUGCUGCUGCAGUGAAGAGGUCGUCCAUGUGCUGCAGCAGUGAAGAGGUCGUCCAUGUGCUGCUGCAGUGAAGAGGUCGUCUUAUAUUUACCGCCACGUUGUCACAGGCAGGACAGCGCUCAAGCCCUGCAACUCACCCGACCAAAACCUGGUCAUUUGUCAGUUUUCUGCUCGUGAGCGCCGCUUUAUUUCCAUACAAGAAAUCCUGCUUUCGUCUUACUGCCCAGACCUUGUUAACAUUAUCAAUAUAUCAAAUAUUAUUAUUAACAUAAUAAACCUGCUUUUGGAAGUAAAUCAAGAUGCCGUGUGGCAGCAUGACGGCUCUUGAUCGCCUCAGUCUUUUUUGGCCAAGUGUAGAAUUUUGUUCGUUUGAUUUUAUAAUAAUUAGUGAGCUUGUAUCAUAAACCUAAUGGUAGUUCUUCUCUUUUUCUACUUCUGGUAACAUUUUUGGCACUGUUUGUGUUGGCAAUCUAAAAUUGAAUCAUUAAAUUAAAGGGGCAUCUUUAUUGAAAAAACUUUAAUUUAAAUUUUUAAUGUUUAGGUCAUCUGUUGUCUGGGAAAACCUUGCCUAGUAGAACUUUCUACCCUGAAUAUUGGCUCAGUUAGGCAUCGGUGUGAUCACCUCUAUUAUUAUCUCAGUAAUUUAAGUUGAAAUUUAUGAGUCUUUGAAAAUUUAUUCUUGUGCUCAACAUAUUUCCAUUGUCAUGCAAGACCUCAAACAUCGACAGGAGACAUGAGCUCUAAACCGACGUUUGUGCAGAGGUUAUUUGAGUGGAUUAAUAAUUAAUCAGCCUGGCGCUAAUCAUAUUGUUAAUAUUACUUAAUAAAUAGAAACAGCUGUUAGAUAAAUCUGUUGUGCGACGGCAGGUAUAAAUUAUUAUUAGAUUUUAUGUGGUCUUGUUUCUACUUUAAUUUAAUUCCUAUGUGUCACGAAUAGCUUUAGUAAUUGCUACCUUCCCACUUAUUUUUUUGUGUGUAAAAUGACCCAAGCAGCAAAAAAAACACUAUUGAGGUUCCCUUGCUGCUCACUGCAUAAUAUGGCUAUCAUUAACCCUAUGGGUAUACGAGUGUAAAAAUCUAAUUUUCCACCAACUAUGAAACCGUCGCUGUUGAUUACUAUUCUACUCUAGCAAAUUGUUGAUUCCAUAAGAUUUUUAAUAUGUAGAUAUUAAGCCUAGAUUUGGUUUUUAGAUUUGCACUCGAGAUUUGAAGAAUUGCACUCGAGUCCCCGACAACUGACCAUGAGUUGUUCAAGUGGCCGGUAACCUCCAACUGCUGGAUUUGUUGCUAGAAUUACAUUCAUUGAAUGAAUAAUUACAUUCAUUGAAUGUUUAAAUAAUUACAAUCAUUCUAACUCAAUGGCAUACAUUUCCUCUUUAUUCUCAUCAGAGAAGGAUUUGGACGAGCUUCUGCAAAUUAUAUUUAUAUUCCUGCCUUGUGCAAGGUUUUGAUAAAUCUAAGCACCAUUGAUUCCUUAAUGAUUGUAUACAUAGUCAAAUGAUUUGUAGUUACAAGGAUGAUGGAUGAUUUUGAUAGAAAACGAUGGCCAAAUCGCCAGUGGUCAGCAACUUUUUUUCAUUAAUUUUAAUUAAUGCUGGUAAUUUUUUUUUCCGACACUAAGAUUCAUUUAUCAUAAAAUGUAUAAUUGUAAUUAAUCGCAAGCGUGCAAUAGGUAUUAUUAUGAAGUCGCCAGCAAUAACCGUUUGAGCGCACGGCAGCCCGUGCUGCGUGUCCUACACUCACAGAAAUAAGCGAGGCUUUGUUUAAAAAGCGAUGCACUCUUUGCUCUUCUGCGGGUCAUUCUGACCCACUCUGGCUCUGAAAAAAGGCCUAUGAGUGCAACAUGAGUUGUCUAUGCUCGGGUUGUGGGUAAGAAAGCGUGUUACUAUUUGGACAAUAUGACUCGUUUAUUUUUGCCAGUGUGUCCACGCCUAGCAUUGAGAUUAUUAGUUGUGUAGGAAAUAUUCAAUAUCUGAAGGAUCACACCGAGUGCUGCUACUCCUAAUACUGUGAAAUUUAUCUAGAUUUCAUCAAGUAUUUCAGUCUUUAUUGUAGUAUAUCUGCUUGGAUCAUUAUACAAGCAUUGUAUAUGUACAUGUAUCAUCAUGCAAGAAUUUUAUAUGUACAUGUAUCAUUAUACAAGUAUUGUAUAUGCACAUGUAUCAUCAUACAAGUAUUGUAUACUAACUGGUGCCGUUGCUUACCGCCAACAUGCAUACCGCCGUACCAGUGUACGUUGACUUCACUACAAGAAAUUAUCUCAUUUACGAUGCAGUAAGAAUCGCCUCUAGAAUAUUUCACCUCAAUUACAGUUGCAUUUUCAACUGAAACAAGAGCGUUCAACAUAACAAAUGGACGAAUGCGUCGGCCAAGCAAACGAAUUUUUCUUGAGGACAUGAGAAUUUUCUGUUCGGAAACUUGGCAAUGAAUUUAGUUACGACAGGCGUUGUCUGAUGGGUUCAUAUUUUGGGGUUUGUGAUUACCCUCAAAGUUAUGCUCAGUUUUUAUUUGUAGAAUUGCAAAAACCUUAUGCUGGUUGGUGCUUGUACUGCUCUCGAUAGUAGCUUAUUUGCUUAGACAUUCAUUCUACUUUCGUUUUUCGUUGUAAUUUUAAGUUGUUUCUUUCCGUUCAUAAUCAUAUAAUCGGAUAACAGUGAAGGUUAUUUUAUCGAUUAUAUAAUCACUGUAUCAUUAACUAUUGCAUUGCAGUGUAACAAUUCAUUGCGGUGUCUGUGCACUGCAGUGAGCAGUGCAAUGAAGUUGGGACAAAUAAUUUGUUGGGGUCGAUGGUACGCUAGAUUUUUCAGGCACGAGCGACGUUCAUGAUACUGACUAUGAAACUUCUGUACAUUAUUGCCGUGAAGUGUGGCAGAUCAAGGUUAAAGAAAAUUCAACAUAUUGUAAUAUAUGAUUAUAUUGUAUAAUAUACCAA